GGACGAUUCUUGGAUCAUGUUAUGGAGAUUACAGCUAUUUGUAAUGGCUUUGUGCAGAUACAUUUAGGAAUUUAUGUCUCCUUUUGCUCAACUGUGUUUUGGUGAUGUUUUAAUAUAUAUAUGCACCUGUAAGAUCAGAGGAUUUCGUUCAAUCAAUGAAGUUCACAAGCUUUAUGAUAUAGAUAUCGGUCAGGUCACAUUGAAUUUGAAAUUGACUUUGAGAUUCUUCACAACUUGACGUUUGGUAUUGAUGGAUGCAUUUACGACCAUAUCUUUAGAAAAAUGAGAUGCAUUUAGAAUCUGGUUUUCCCUCAGUUUAGAAGUUAGAAUGGCUAGUGAUGGGGCUGCCACCCCAAGGGCAUCUGAGGAACCAGUUUUCUUAUAUGGCGAUUUGGAUUUAUGGAUUUUAGAAGCGAAAUAUCUUCCCAAUAUGGAUUUAGUUUCAGAAAGAUUGAGAAGAUGUUGUAAUAUGUUUGGUCAAUGCUCAUUUCCCUGUGGGCAACAACCAGCAGGGCUUUCAGCUCAACAUUCAAUCAUUACAAGCGACCCUUAUGUGUCUGUUUGUCUAGCCGGGGCUACAGUAGCACAAACUAGAGUAAUAGCCAACUGUGAAAAUCCUUUGUGGGAUGAGCAUUUUCGCGUGCCUGUUGCCCACCCUGUUGUAAAAGUAGAAUUUCAUGUCAAGGAUAAUGAUGUUCUCGGAGCUGAACUUAUUGGGACAGUGGAGAUAUCAGUUGACAAAAUCCUUUCCGGAAAUGGUCUUAAUGAUUGGUUCCCUAUCAGUGGACAGGGCAGAAAAGGUAUGGAGCUUUCUCCUGAAUUGCAUAUAUCUAUGCAGUUUUGGCCUGUUGAACAAAACCCCCUUUAUAAAGAUGGAGUAGGAGCAGGGCCAGAUUACAUAGGAGUUCCCGGUACAUAUUUUCCCCUCCGAACGGGAGGGAAUGUGACGCUUUACCAAGAUGCUCAUGUACCUGAUGGUAAGCUGCCGGAAAUUGCACUUGAUGGUGGGAAAGUUUUUCGGCACAGUAAAUGUUGGGAAGAUAUAUGCCAUGCUAUUCUGGAAGCCCGCAACAUGAUAUACAUGAUUGGCUGGUCCAUAUAUCACCCCGUAAAGCUUGUGAGGGAGCCGACAAGGCCAUUACCUUCAGAAGGACAGCUUUCAUUAGGAGACUUGUUGAAGCAUAAAUCCCAAGAAGGGGUCCAUGUGAUCCUACUGAUUUGGGAUGAUAAGACUUCGCAUGACAAAUUCCUAAUAAAAACGGAAGGUGUCAUGCAGACUCACGAUGAAGAAACUAGGAAGUUUUUCAAACACUCGAGUGUCCAAUGCGUGCUUGCUCCUCGCUAUGCAAGCAAUAAACUCAGUAUAUUUAAGCAGCAGGUUGUGGGAACCCUAUUUACACAUCAUCAGAAGUGUGUGCUUCUUGACACCGAAGCAUCAGCAAAUCACCGGAAAGUAACUGCUUUUAUUGGUGGUCUGGAUCUAUGUGACGGAAGAUAUGACACCCCUGAGCACAGGCUCUUUGACGAUCUUGACACCAUCUUUGCUGAUGAUUAUCAUAAUCCUACAUUUCCGUCUUAUGCUAAAAAUCCAAGGCAACCAUGGCAUGACUUGCAUUGUAAAGUUGAAGGCCCUGCUGCAUAUGAUAUAUUAACAAAUUUUGAGCAAAGAUGGACAAAGGUCAGAAAAUGGGGUGAAUUCAGCCUCAAAAAGGUCACUAGCUGGCAUGAUGAUGGUUUGUUAAAUCUACAGCGUACUGUUGUAAUGACACCCUCUCCAGGUCCUGAUGGUUAUAGAAAUCUACGUGUGACAGAGGAAAAUGAUAGCGAAAGUUGGCAUGUUCAGGUAUUUCGGUCCAUUGAUUCAGGGUCUGUGAAAGGAUUUCCAAAGGAUGUUCAGGAAGCUUCAGCUCAGAAUCUGGUCUGUGGAAAGAACUUGAAAGUAGAUAAGAGCAUCCAUACAGCAUACGUAAAAUCAAUAAGAUCAGCACAACACUUUGUAUACAUAGAGAAUCAGUAUUUCAUUGGAUCUUCAUUUUAUUGGCCAUCAUACAAAAAUGCAGGUGCUGAUAACUUAAUCCCCAUGGAACUGGCAAUGAAAAUUGUCAGCAAAAUCGAUGCAAAUGAGUAUUUUUCUGUGUAUAUAGUAAUACCGAUGUGGCCAGAGGGUGUCCCCUCAAGUGCUCCUGUUCAGGAAAUUUUAUAUUGGCAGAGACAAACAAUGGCCAUGAUGUACAAGAUUAUUGCACAGGCACUCGAGAGAAAUGGCCUUUUGGAGAUUUACCAUCCACGAGAUUAUUUGAGCUUCUAUUGCCUCGGUAAGCGUGAAUGGCCAUCUCAGGAUAGUCGAUCUCAUUCUGGUCAGCAAACAGAAAGUCGUUUACUGGCUGCAGCUCAAAAAUACCGCAGAUUUAUGAUUUAUGUUCAUGCCAAAGGAAUGAUAGUUGAUGAUGAGUAUGUAAUGAUGGGAUCGGCAAACAUCAACCAGAGAUCCAUGGAGGGCUCAAGAGAUACAGAAAUUUCAAUGGGUGCUUACCAACCUACUUACACAUGGGCAGCAAAGAAAUCUCAUCCUCGUGGCCAAGUGUAUGGUUAUCGAAUGUCUCUAUGGGCAGAGCACCUUGCCACAAUCGAGGACAUUUUUCUCAAACCAGAGACACUCGAAUGCAUGAGGCAUGUGAACAAGAUUGCCAAAAACAACUGGGAAGCAUUUGUGUCUGACAAUCACGAGGAAAUGAGAGGAAACUUGAUGCAGUAUCCAGUUCAUAUCACCCGCAGCGGGAAAGUCACUGCAAUGCCAGGUUAUGAAACAUUCCCUGAUGUUGGUGGCAAAAUUCUUGGAGCACCUUCCAGUCUUCCUGAUGCUCUAACCACAUAACAGUUAUUUGAUAACUUGUAAAUAAGAUUAUUUACACACUAAUACACAGCUUGAAGUUUAUUUAACAAUGGAGUUGUGUGAGUUAGCAGUGAGGACACAAGUAAUGUUUG